CAGCAAAACAAAAACAGCUGACUGCGGCGUGCAGCGGCAAACGAAAAAAAAGUGUUUGGCGGCGAAAUGUUGCAAAAUCUUUCGCGGACAUUCUUGCGCCGGCAAUACGCCAAGGCUGCCGCACAAAUCAAGACAAAAGAAUCCGAACAGAGCCACAGUAAGCCGCUUAUUAGCUGCCGACGCACACAAUUCAAUCUGCUGCAGCAUGAGCGAGCGGACGCCAAGUUUGGCACCCUGCCACUGUGCUCCAAGGGUUGGCUGCACAAUAAAUCCAAGGGCGAUCACUUUACUCUUAAUGCCAGCAUCACAAGCGCGCAGCUGAAGGCGGAGAUGAAGAGUUUGAGUGACUUCCUGGCCACAUCGGAAAUUCAGAUGCAUCCGCAGCUGCUAGAGAACCUGCAGCAGGAGCUGGGCAUCAAGCAGCUGACGGGCAUUCAGGCCCAAGCCAUGCCCAUUGUGGAUGGCAGCUUUCACACACUAAUUGCCGCCGAAACGGGCUGCGGCAAGACUCUAUCCUACCUGUUGCCCGUGCUAAAUAGAAGGCUUAAGGACCAAUCCCCAGAGCCCGGCGAGCGACGCUUCAAUACGCCCAGCGUACUGAUACUCACGCCCGGACGGGAGCUGGCCACACAAAUCGCACAGGUUGCCCAAAAGCUGUGCGCGAACACGGAGCUAAAGGUGAAGGCACUUCUCGGCGGCAAUACCAAGCAGUUAAUGCUGAAUCCACAAUUCGAGGAGGUGGACAUAUUGGUGGCGACUUUGGGCGCCGUCAGCAAGCUGGUAACAACUGGCAUCUAUCACAUGGAGCAAGUGCGUCAUGUGGUGCUGGACGAGGCAGACACGCUGCUGGAUGAUUCGUUCACGGAAAAGCUCACCUACUUCAUGCGAAGAUUUCCCUUCCACAGAAAUCACGUGCAGGAUGCGAGCAUUGUGGGCACCCAGCUGCUGCUCGCCUCGGCCACGAUGCCCACCAAUACACGCGAGAUCCUGCAGCGCGUCAUCGAUGUGGAAACUAUUCACGAGGUAGUCAGUCCACAUUUGCAUCAUCUGAUGGCGCAUGUGACGCAAAAGUUUCUGCGCAUGGCCAAGGCGGAUCGUCCGGCCAACCUGUUGAACCUGGUCAAGCAGGAUUUGGCCAAACUUCGGCCCCUGAUUGUCUUCAGCAACAAGUCAGCGACCAGCGACUAUGUCUCCAUUUUUCUAAACAACAGCGGCAUCAAUUGUCUCAAUCUAAAUGGCGAUAUGUUAAUGAAGAUACGCUUGGGCCGCUUCGAGGAGUUCCAGCGUGGCCAGUGCGAUGUCCUGUCCACCACAGAUGUGGGCAGUCGCGGCCUGGACACAACGCGCGCACGUCAUGUGCUCAAUUUUGAUUUCCCGCUUCACAUCUCCGACUAUAUACAUCGCUGCGGUCGCAUUGGACGCGUGGGCAGUUCGGAAAAGACGCUGGUCACGAAUUUCAUUUCAUCCCGUCGCGAGAUUGAUGUGGUGCAGCGCAUCGAGCAUGCGGCACGCACGGGCGGCCUGCUGCCCAAUGUCAAUGCGAACAUUAAGAAUAUCAUCAACAAGCGCAUUAUGGCUGACAUGAAGGAGGCGGGCGUGCCGUUGCCGCAGGAGGAGGCCUUCUAGUAUACAUUUGUUAAAUAAAGUUUUGUCACAUAGAA